AUGAAGAUAUACAUAUCAUCCUCGUCGACUCCUCGAAGGCCAGCAACAUGGUUUGCAAGUCUGGCUCGGAUACCAUCCACUGGCGUGACCUCGAUGGCCGCAGGCUUCAGUUCCUGGGCAGCAAUCUCCCGGCCCGUCGGUCUGGCUCGCAACGUAUCAGCGUUCGAGCUACCGUCGUCGUCGUUGUACUGUCGUACAACAUUCGAAGACGAGGCGGCCGGGUCGUCUGAGGAGGAUGCAGUACUUCUUACAUAUGACCUCCAAGCUGCCUACGUCGAAAGUGUGAAGAGAUCAAUGGAGGACGAUGACAUGGAGGAAGAAGAUGACGAGGAAAAUGUUGAAGAGAUGGACCUAGAUGAAUGA